GACGUGCGGCUCCGCCCGGCCCGGUCCCCCCCACCCCCUGUGACGGGGGCAGCACGUACAGGGCGGCGGGCUGUGAUUGGAUCUUUAUAUUUGGAUGUUGUUUUAAGUCAAGUCACUAUUUGGUCACAGAGGUUGUCAAAAAGAAGCAGUGCAGGGUUUGGUAGGAGAGGAAGGGAGCCGAAGAGAUCCAAGCUCUUGUUUUAAAACUCACACCUUCCAUUAUGACUAAGUGUGCCAAGAAAUAUCGAAAAGGAGCUGUCAGACUGAUGACCAUGGAAAUGGUUGAACAGGAUGACAAUGCAGUGGAUUCUCUGACAGAGAGAAGUGCUGGUCACCUUCAGAAUCAGCCAGGCCAGAAUCAGAUUUCUUCAGGAUCUGAGGUUUCUGUAGCUGCUUCCAGUGCUGGAAGAGGAUCUCCAGCUGUAACUCUAGUGCAGUUGCCUUCUGGUCAAACUGUUCAUGUCCAGGGUGUCAUUCAAGCCACACAGCCCUCAGUCAUUCAGUCACCACACAUGCAAGCUGUUCAGGUAGCAUCGAUUGCAGAUGAAGCUGCACAAUCAGAAGUGAUAAUUGAUUCUCAAAAACGUAGGGAAAUACUUUCAAGAAGGCCUUCAUACCGAAAAAUUUUGAACGAGCUCUCAUCAGACGCACCUGCAGUAGCGAAGAUUGAAGAAGAAGAGAAGUCAGAAGAUGAAGGAACGCCUUCUGGUAUUUCUGCAAUGGCCAUGCCAACCAGCCUGUAUCAUACUAACACGGGGCAAUACCUUACCAUAUCUCAAGGUGGUACAAUUCAGACUGUGACAAAUUCAGGAGCUCCUCAGCCAGGCGCUACCAUUGUGCAAUAUGCAGCACAGUCAUCUGAUGGCACACAGCAGUUUUUUGUUCCUGGAAGCCAAGUUGUUGUUCAAGCUGCCACUGGAGACAUGCCAGCUUACCAGAUUCGAACUCCCACUACUACCUUACCUCAGGGAGUGGUUAUGGCAGCCUCGCCAGGGACUUUGCACAGCCCUCAGCAAAUGGCAGAAGAGGCAACACGCAAGAGAGAGCUGAGACUUUUGAAAAAUAGGGAAGCUGCCAGAGAAUGUCGCAGAAAGAAGAAAGAAUAUGUCAAAUGUCUUGAAAAUCGUGUGGCUGUGCUUGAAAACCAAAACAAGACUCUCAUUGAGGAACUCAAGGCCCUCAAAGAUCUUUAUUGUCAUAAAGCAGAAUAACUGUCUUUCAUUUGGACCUCCUUUAUUAUGAACUUUAAUCAAGGCAUGAGAGGAAGCAAUUCUACAGAUUGCCAUAUGAACUUGAGAAAGAGACACUUGAGGCCCUUGUGGAACCCAGUUUUGCUUAGUAUUUUCAGACUGAUUUGGGAGAUAUUCCAAAAUUUGGAAUUCUGUCAUAGUCUCCAUACUCUGCUGAGCUUUCUAAUGGCAUGCAAAUGGCUUUUUUGUUUGCACUUUUUACUUCUGCUUUUUGCAGGGAAGCUGCUAAAGAAUGUCGACGUCGGAAGAAAGAAUACAUAAAAUGUCUGGAGAGUCGUGUUGCAGUGCUAGAAGUUCAGAACAAGAAACUUAUACAGGAGCUUGAAACCCUAAAAGACAUUUGCUCUUCCAAAACAGAUUAGUAAAAAUAUUUAUUAUACUGUGAACUAAGAUAUGUCCAGUUGCUUUGUAAGACAAUACAUAGCCAACAUGACUUA